AUGCAUCUCCCCACCCUCCUAGCCCUCGCCUCAACCCUCUCCCUCACCUCCUCCCAAACCCUCACUUCCACCCUCACCCAAAUAACCACCCCAUUCGGCCCCAACCCCCGAAACGUCUCCUUCUACAUCUACGUUCCCUCGCCUCUGCCACCCAACUCUCCAAUCCUCGUCGUGCCUCACUGGUGCCACGGCACCGCGCAACAAGCCUUCCAGUACAGACCCUACGCCUCCCAAGGCGAUACAUACGGCUUCAUCAGCAUCUAUCCCGAUUCACCCAACAAGGCCGAUCAAUGCUGGGAUGUCAGCAGCAAGGAGACACUGACGCACGAGGGAGGUGGUGAUGCACAAGGGAUUGUAUCAAUGGUACGAUGGGCGUUGGAGAAGUAUAAGGGCGAUGCGGGAAGAGUGUUCGUCACGGGGACGAGUUCCGGCGCGAUGAUGACGAAUGUCCUAUUGGGCUCUUAUCCGGAUGUCUUUGCCGGUGGAAGCGCUUUCGCCGGCGUGCCCUUUGGUUGCUUUGCGGGGGACGGUUUCGCAGUGUGGAGCGAUGCCUGUGCAACGGGCAAGAUUAUUCGAAAUGGUAGCGAGUGGGAUAGUCUUGUGAGGAAUGCGUACCCAGGUUACACCGGGUGGCGGCCGAAGUUGCAGACGUUCCAUGGCACUAAGGACAAUGUGCUGUAUCCGCAGAAUUUGGAAGAGCAGGUUAAGCAGUGGACGAGCGUUUUUGGAGUCAGUACGACGCCGACAGAGGUUGCACUGGAUACACCAUUGAAGGGGUGGACGAGGAGACGGUAUGGGUCGAAGUUCGAGGCGUAUGAGGCCGAGGGGGUGACGCAUGACAUUCCCAAUCAGGCGGAUGUGGUGUUGGAUUUCUUUUGUUUGAGGUGUAGAGGGGAGGGUUGCUUCAGGAGAGGAUCAGAGUGA